AUGUCUACUCAAGCACACCAUCCCACAGUCCUCAUCCCAGGGCCGAUUGAAUUCGACGAUGCCGUCCUCCAGUCCAUGUCGACCUACGGGGAGAGCCAUGUUGGACCGGCAUUCGUAAAGAUAUUCGGCGAGACGCUGACGAUGUUGAGGCAGCUGUUCCAGACAAAGGCUGCUGCAUCACAGCCGUUCGUGCUUGCUGGCUCAGGAACACUAGGUUGGGACUUCGUUGCGUCCAACUUGAUCGAGCGUGGUGAAAACGCCCUAGUGCUGCAUACCGGCUACUUCGGUGACUCACUCUCGGAAUGCCUGCAGACGUACGGCGCAAACGCAACACAGAUUAAGGCACCAAUUGGGGACCGACCGUCUUUGGAUGAGAUUUCCAAGGCUCUUCAGGAGAAGGAAUACAAGAUCCUGACUGUCACACACGUCGAUACCUCUACGGGUGUGUUGAGUGAUAUCAAGGCCAUCACGGAAGUUGUCCGAAAAGUCAGCCCCAACACGCUUGUUGUUGUCGAUGGUGUGUGUUCGGUGGGGUGCGAGGAGAUUGCCUUUGACGAGUGGGAUUUGGACGUAGUGCUCACAGCCGGUCAGAAGGCUAUUGGGUGCCCCCCAGGCCUGAGCAUCUUGAUGCUCUCUGGCCGUGCUAUGGACCGAGCACAGAACAGAACCUCCCCUCCAGCAAGCUACUAUGCUUCGAUCAAGAACUGGCUGCCCAUAAUGCAGAACUACGAGGCCGGCAAGCCAUCUUACUUCGCUACUCCUGCUACUCAGCUGGUUCGUGCGCUGCAUACGGCUCUUACGCAAAUCACUUCCAAGCCUCUUGCAGAACGAUUUGCUGUUCACAAGGAAGCUUCUCAGCGAGUAAAGAAGGCUGUUUCUGACAUGGGGCUGCAGCAGCUGGCUACCAAGGAGGAGAACCAGGCCAAUGCUAUGACAGCCAUUCGUCUUCCCGAGGGCCUGUCUCCACCUGACGUCCUUCCGAAGCUUUUCCAGAAGGGUCUCGUGUUUGCCGGUGGUCUACACAAGGAGAUUGCCUCCAAGUACAUUCGAUUCGGCCACAUGGGAGUCAGCGUCACUGAUCCUAAGCGGGACGAUAUUGACAGGGCCAUUGCUGCUCUCAAGGAGGUCUUUGCCGAAGUCAAGAAGUGA